AUGGCGCCGCCGGAGCCGGAGCGGGGGCUGAAGAGCGUCGUGUGGCAGAAAAUAAAAGCAACAGUGUUUGAUGACUGCAAGAAAGAAGACGAAUGGAAGAUAAUGCUUUUAGAUGAAUUUACCACGAAGCUUUUGGCAUCAUGUUGCAAAAUGACAGAUCUUCUAGCAGAGGGUAUAACUGUUGUGGAGAAUAUUUAUAAGACUCGGGAACCUGUCAGACAAAUGAAAGCUCUUUAUUUUAUCUCUCCAACAUCAAAGUCUGUAGAUUGUCUUUUACGUGACUUUCCAAGUAAGUCGGAGAGUAAAUAUAAAGCGGCAUACAUAUACUUCACUGACUUUUGCCCUGAUAGUCUCUUUAACAAAAUUAAGUCUUCUUGUUCCAAGUCCAUAAGAAGAUGUAAAGAAAUAAAUAUUUCCUUCAUUCCACAUGAAUCUCGGGUUUACACUCUUGAUGUACCAGAUGCCUUCUAUUACUGUUACAGUCCAGAUCCUAGUAAUGCAAACGGAAAAGAUGCUGUAAUGGAAGCAAUGGCUGAGCAGAUAGUUACCGUAUGUGCUAGCCUUGAUGAAAAUCCCGGAGUAAGGUAUAAAAGUAAACCUCUAGAUAAUGCCAGUAAACUUGCCCAACUUGUUGAAAAAAAACUUGAAAACUACUACAAGACUGAUGAAAAGAGCUUAAUAAAGGGUAAAACUCACUCCCAGCUCAUAAUAAUUGACCGUGGCUUUGAUCCUGUAUCCACUGUCCUGCAUGAACUGACGUUUCAGGCAAUGGCGUAUGAUCUACUGCCGAUUGAGAAUGAUACAUACAAAUAUAAAACUGACGGGAAAGAAAAGGAGGCAAUCCUUGAAGAAGAUGAUGACCUCUGGGUCAGAAUUCGACACCGGCAUAUUGCGGUUGUAUUAGAGGAAAUUCCCAAGCUUAUGAAGGAAAUUUCAUCAACAAAGAAAGCAACAGAAGGAAAGCCAUCACUUAGUGCUCUUGCCCAGCUAAUGAAAAAGAUGCCGCAUUUCCGAAAACAGAUUACUAAGCAAGUUGUCCAUCUUAACAUAGCAGAAGAUUGCAUGAAUAAAUUCAAGUCUAAUAUAGAAAAGCUCUGCAAAACUGAACAGGACCUGGCACUGGGAACUGAUGCCGAAGGACAGAAGGUGAAGGAUUCCAUGCGAGUGCUCCUGCCAGUUCUGCUCGGCAAAAACCAUGACAAUUAUGAUAAAAUACGAGCAAUCCUGCUCUAUAUCUUCAGUAAUAAUGGAACAACGGAAGAAAAUUUGGAUAGAUUGAUCCAGAAUGUAAAAAUAGAAGAUGAGAGUGACAUGAUUCGUAACUGGAGUUACCUUGGUGUCCCCAUUGUCCCCCCAUCUCCACAAGGCAAACCGUCAAGAAAGGACCGGUCUGCAGAAGAAACUUUUCAACUCUCUCGAUGGACACCUUAUAUCAAAGAUAUUUUGGAGGAUGCCAUUGAUAAUAGAUUAGAUUCAAAGGAAUGGCCAUAUUGUUCCCAGUGCCCAGCAGUGUGGAAUGGCUCAGGAGCUAUAAGUGCUCGCCAGAAACCCAGAACUAAUUAUUUGGAAGACCGAAAAAAUGGGUCCACACUGAUUGUUUUUGUUAUUGGAGGAAUUACGUACUCUGAAAUGCGUUGUGCUUACGAAGUUUCUCAGGCACACAAAUCCUGUGGAGUUAUUAUUGGUUCUACCCAUAUUUUAACACCCAGAAAGCUGUUGGAUGACAUAAAGAUGCUGAAUAAAUCCAAGGAUAAAGUCUCCAUUAUUAAGGAUGAAUAG